AUGAGUGCACAAUACUUUAAUGGUACAAGUGGAGCUAAUCAAUAUUAUUUCAAUAGUAGUAAUACUACUACAAGUCAAUCAAAUCAAAACUACACUUCAUCGGCAACACCUUCCUAUGGCUCACCAACUUAUUCAAGUUAUCCGGUUUCCCAUUCGUCAAAUCAACAGAUUCGAUUGAAUGAUUCAUAUCAAACACCACAAUCGUAUCAAUCUACAGGUGGAUUCGGUAGAAGCAUAAAUCAGCAACAGUACCAAUCGGCGCAAUCACCACCACCUCAGGUUCGCGCUAGUGUACGAGUUCUCGGUAGUCAAGAUACGUAUCAAUUGCAAAGUUCACCACAACGAACACAAAUUUCACCUCAACAGCAUCAUUUUCAAUUUGAUUCUCAUCAACAACCAGGUCGUCCUACAGGUCCAGCAGUCGUCUACCAAACACCAGGAGCUGCUCAAUUCACGCAUCACAAUGUCGACUUAUGGACCGAAAAUGCGUCGCGUAGCCCUGAUUAUUACGUUCAGGCACAACGUGUAUCAGUUCGUCCUGUGUCAACCGGUUCACCUCAACAAUCUCAUUCAAUUUCGCCACAACGAAAUCAAGAUCAUUUACAAAACUACUAUAGUCAGUUGACACCUGAGCAACAUCAACAAUUGUUACGUCAGCAACAAAUUCAACGACAACAAGAACAAAAUUCUUCUUAUGAACAGCAACGUCGUGUUACUGUACAACAAGUUUCUCCUUCAUCUACGUCACAUCAGCAACAGCAGUAUGCGUCGACAGCUAAUUUCGCAGGAGGACAACAGGGACGAAGUCGAUUGGAAAGCGACCGACAACGACAAAACGAACAAGCUCAACGUCAAAUGGCUAUUCAACGAGCUGAACGAUACGACGACGAUGAGUCAUCACGUCCAGUAGGAAUUCGUAACCUAAUGAAUAAAUUUGCUGGAAUUUCAACGUCCUCUCAACCACGUCAACCACGAUCACGAUCAACGUCGUCACGACAUUAUUCAAAUUCAAGCUAUGCAUCGCAUCCUACCUCACAUCAAUCAACAACAACUAGUUCUUACACUUCGCAUACUAUGACUUACUCGGCAUUACCUAAAACACACGAGCCACCCGUGAAUAGCGUGGAAUUCUUACAAAUGCAACAACUUCUUGGCAAUUCGAUAAAUAAUAUUCAACAAGCUGUUGCUCCGCCACAUAUUCAACUGGCUCACGCCGAUCCAGGAUCAGUACGUGAUCGAUUUAACACUGGCUCAUUAUCGGAUGAUUACAAUCGCUUAAUGAUGCAUCGACAACCGCAACCGCAAAAACAGGUUACACGACAAACAAGUAAUGAUGGUGGAAGUACUUUGUCGUCCUUACGUAAUCAAUAUAUGGGUCGUACAAAAGACUCGUUACAGGGUGAUUUGCCACCACAGCCAGCAUAUAACAUCCCACGUACAAUCGUGGGUGAAGACUUUCCUCCGACAAAACAGCAACAACAAGCUCCCUUACAAAUGCAACCUCCACCGCAGGUUUUUCAAAAACAAACUGAACCUACGCCUCAACAACAACCUACGUUUGAAGAAAGCCAACCACAACAACAGGAACCACAAGGUGAAAAUGUUGAUCAACAGGCACCUGAAACAAUGCCCCCUCCUGCUAACGAAGGUGAAUUUGCUGUUUCGUCGUUUUAA